UUGACCGAGUUCGUCCUGCUGCUGCUCCCCGGUCUCCACUGUGGAUUUACAUACCCUGAUUUCCGUGGGACUGGGAAGAGAAGGGGGAGGGCGGUGAGCCUUUCAGGAACUGAGGAAGCAGCCGCAAACGGCAUAACUUAACAAAUUAACAACUUGUGUGCUCGCCGUCGCUUCUGUGGCGCCUCCUGCCUUCUGUCGGAAUAACGGCUGCUUUUCUGCUCUUCUGGCUCUCUUCGCUUCUCUCGCUGGAUCAUUUUCCUAUACUGGAGGAGGGCUGGGAGUUUUUUCGGAGGAGACGGGAAGCAGCUUGAGUUUAACCCGGUUGGAAGGGCUGUGGCCAUGGCCGGGGGUGGUGGUGGCGGCGGCAGUGGGGCUUCUCCGUUGGGCCCCGCACCGCCGAUGUGGUAUCACCGGGACCUGAGUCGAGCGGCGGCCGAGGAGCUGCUUGCCCGAGCCGGUAGGGACGGGAGCUUCCUGGUGCGGGACAGUGAGAGUGUCAACGGGGCUUACGCUUUGUGUGUACUGUUUCAGAAGCACGUCCACACAUACAGGAUAUUACCAGAUGACGAAGGUUUUCUGGCAGUGCAGACCUCUCAGGGCGUGCAGCCUAAGCGGUUUAAGACUCUGCCAGAGCUGGUGUCAUUGUACCUGCAGCCCAGCCAGGGUCUGGUCACCACCCUGCUUUACCCCGUGGAGAGAGAGGAGACAGCUGUCAGUGACGACAGGGACUAUUCCGAUGGAGAGGAUGAGAAGCCGCCCCUCCCCCCUCGCUCUUCCUCCACCUCCACUCCCCCUGGACCAGACACACCCACAGACAGUACUCCAGCAGCUAAUGGCCUGAGCACCAUCUCCCACGAGUAUCUGAAGGGCAGCUACGCUUUGGACCUCGAAGCAGUCAAACAGGGGGCCUCAUCCCUGCCUCAUCUCAACAAGACACUAGUGGCCUCCUGCAAACGCCUUAAUGGAGAGGUGGAUAAAGUUCUGUCAGGCCUGGAGAUCCUGUCUAAAGUGUUUGAUCAGCAAAGCGCUUUCAUGGUCUCCAAAAUGAUCCAACAGUCAGUGAAUCAGGGUGGAGACCAGGAACUGGAGAACCUUGUGACCAAGUUGGCGAUUCUCAAAGACCUGCUGUCCUCCAUAGAAAAGAAGGCCCUGAAAGCUCUACAGGACAUGAGUUUGACCUCUCCAUGCUCCCCCCCUCCUCUGCACUCCAUGCGUCACAGCAAAUCCAUUCCUGUGCAGGCCUUCGAGGUGAAGCUCGACGUUUACCUGGCGGAGCUGACAAAGAUCGGAAAGAGUCAGAAGUACACACUGUCUGUGGACGUAGAGGGAGGAAGGCUGGUAGUAAUGAAGAAGGUGAAGGACAAUCAAGAGGACUGGAUCACCUACACACAUGACAAAAUACGUCAGCUGAUCAAGUCUCAGCGGGUGCAGAAUAAACUGGGCAUUGUGUUUGAGAAGGAGAAGGAUAAGAGCCAGAGGAAAGACUUCAUCUUUGCUAGCGCCAAGAAACGGGAGGCGUUCUGCCAGCUGCUGCAGCUGAUGAAGAACAAGCAUUCCAACCAGGACGAGCCAGACAUGAUCUCCAUCUUCAUAGGCACCUGGAAUAUGGUUCCUAUCGCCGUGCAGACUCUGUGGAACAUAAAACUUGCUGUGUUGGUGAAACCUGAACACGAGAACCGGAUAAGCCACGUUGGGAUGUCCAGUGUCAAGACGGGCAUCGCCAAUACCCUGGGUAACAAAGGAGCAGUGGGCGUGUCUUUCAUGUUCAAUGGGACGUCGUUUGGCUUUGUCAACUGUCACUUGACAUCAGGGAAUGAAAAGAUUGCCAGGAGGAACCAGAACUACCUUGAUAUCCUGCGGCUGCUUUCACUGGGAGACAAACAGCUGAGCUCCUUUGACAUUUCGCUGCGCUUCACGCACCUCUUUUGGCUGGGAGACCUUAACUACAGGCUGGAUAUGGACAUACAGGAGAUUUUAAACUACAUUAACAGGAAGGAGUUUGACCCCCUGCUGAAAGUGGACCAGCUCAACUUGGAGAGAGAGAAGAAUAAAGUGUUUUUACGCUUCGCGGAGGAAGAAAUCUCGUUUCCGCCCACCUACCGUUACGAGCGAGGCUCAAGAGACACGUAUGUCUGGCAGAAGCAGAAGGCCACAGGGAUGAGGACUAAUGUUCCAUCGUGGUGCGAUAGGAUUCUGUGGAAGUCUUACCCAGAAACACACAUAGUCUGCAACUCCUAUGGCUGUACAGACGAUGUUGUGACCAGUGAUCAUUCCCCUGUAUUUGCUACAUUUGAGGUGGGCGUGACCUCCCAGUUUGUCUCCAAAAAAGGUUUGCCAAAGUCUUCAGAGCAGGCCUACAUCGAGUUCGAGAGCAUUGAGGCCAUAGUAAAGACGGCGAGCAGGACCAAGUUCUUCAUUGAGUUUUACUCCACUUGUCUGGAAGAGUUUAAGAAGAGUUACGAGAACGACAGUCAGAGCAGCGAUAACGUGAACUUCCUGCGCGUGGGCUGGUCCAACAAGCAGUUAACAACACUCAAACCUCUUCUGUCAGAGAUCGAGUACCUGCAGGAUCAGCAUCUCUUGCUAACAGUGAAAUCACUGGAUGGAUACGAGUCCUAUGGCGAGUGCGUGUUGGCUCUGAAGUCGAUGAUUGGCAGCACAGCACAACAGUUCCACACCUACCUGUCUCACCGUGGGGAGGAAACAGGAAAUAUCCGAGGGUCAAUGAGGGUCAGAGUCCCUUCUGAAAGAAUGGGAACCAGGGAGCGAUUGUACGAGUGGAUCAGCGUGGAUAAGGAUGAGACGAGUGGACCUAAAGGGAAAUCUGCUGUGGUAUGCAGAUCGGGGCAUGAGUAUGUGAAGUCAGUACACUCUCCUUUUUUUGCACUUGAUUUUUAUUUAGAGUUCCCACACGUCAGUGGGGAUUUUUCUGUAUAUCAGGUCUUUUUACCUAAACAGGACGGAUCAGACAGCGAUCCAUCCAUCAGCAAGAACAGCUACAAUAAUCCUGCCUACUACAUCCUGGAGGGCGUUCCCAACCAGUCAGCUGCAGCCGUUUCACCUGAGCUUCUGCCCUCUCCUACCUCAGCCAACCCCCAGGCAGCUAAACCCCCUCCUCCCUCUGCCGGGGCGCGUUCCAAACCCCCCGGCGCAGCCUCGGGGCCCCCUCACCCACGCAGACAGGUUCGUGCCAUUAGCGAGGAGAGCUCCUCAGAAGACGAUGGAGGUGCUUGUGUUGUUGGGGCACAGGGAGGAGGUGUUGGAAGCACACUGAAUCGACCUCCUCCUGACUUCCCCCCACCUCCUCUACCAAAGGGAGCCCUGGAGAUGGUUCCCGAGGCCCCCUUCACCAAACCUCGCUCCCUUUACCCCGAUCUGGCUGAGGUCAGGAUCCCCGCAGCUGGCCCCGCUGCCCACGGAGAUGCUUUCAGGCGAGGAGGAGUUGGAGUUGGAGCAGGGGCGCUGGACGACCAGUCGUGCUCUGUGCUCCAGAUGGCAAAGACACUGAGUGACAGUGAGUUUCCUGGACAGCCUCCUCGUGCCCCCUCAGCACCGCCUCCUCUUAGAGGGCAGCCGAUGGGUUUAGGUCUGGAUGCCUGCCGCACCUUCCCACCUAGAAAUCCAAUCACAGAAAGUAUAGCAGAGGAUAUGCCUGAGGAGGCACUUUGGGGCAGCAGUAGCUCAUCUCUGUCUGUGGGGGAAUCGUCAGUGGGCGAGUGGCUGCAGAGGCUGGGCCUGGAGCGGUAUGAGCAGGGUCUUCUACACAACGGCUGGGACGAUUUGGAGUUCCUCAGUGACAUCACUGAGGAGGACCUGGAGGAGGCGGGAGUGCACGACCCCGCCCACAAGCGAAUCCUGCUUGAGAGCCUCAGGCAGCAGCAGCAGCAGAAAUAGACUGCAUCAAACUGGUCCAUGACUGGUCCAAACCGGCCUGGUACCACACCGGGCCCAAUCUCAGCUCAGCUGAACCGAGCUGCAACGUGCCAAUCGAUGCCAGACUGUGCCUUCUGAGAGAAAUUGCACUCCAUUUGUACUUUCAAAAACACUUUCUGAACCAACGUCCUUUGAUUUUCACAUGUACUUUAUGUGUGUUGUCCUCAUACACGUGGCCUUAUUUAAUGAUAAUCAUUUCAGUCCUUCAAGCAUCACUACAUAACUUUGGCUUUUAAAUCCAGAGAGGAGAUCAGAUCAGACCCAACCUGCAGCUUCAAGUUUAAAGCUUGUUUCCAUUUGGCCUGAGAAUCCUCUAACAGAGGAUGACUUUGACAAAGAGAAAAGAGGGCUUUGAAAACACACCACCUGUGUUGCGCACCCUCGCUUUGGACUCUUAACAACACUGGGUUCUUCCGAGUCUCCGAUUUUUCUUCCUCCCACUCGUAGUCACAACAAGACAUCAGUGGGAAUAAUUAGAACAGUCGGGAGUAACAUCCGCCCCAGAGCUCGGGCGGAGGAACCUUUUAACUUGUGUGAUGGAGGAGAGCAGGAAGCGGUGAUCGAAAGGAAACUAGAAAGUCAGGCUUAAGUGAGAUAAACUCAAAUUUCUUUUCAGUUUGUGUAUUCAGUUAAUGAUGUGCAGGCCGCUGUUGUUUCAAUGGACGCCUGUGUUGUCUGAGUGUCUGUCUGUAUUUAUGGUUUUAUGAAUGUUUUUAAUGAUAAAGGGAAUAUCGAGCAAACCAAAUUAACCCCGUUGGAGCUAAAGGUGUAUUCCACCUGGGUGCAGCAUGUUAGGUGACUGUGUUAGCCAUCAACUUGUCACGUCGCCUUUUUUUAAGUGGCCUGUUGCAGCUGGUUGUUAUUGAAACAGUCAGUAUAGGUCAAUAAAAUGAGGAGGCUAAAUGGUGUAAUUAAUGCUGUACCAAGGUGAAAUAUGUCAAAGAUUUUAGCAAAGUACAUUUCUCAUUCUCACAUGUUGCCUGUGAAGAUGCUGAAUUUGAAUUCACAGAAGAAAAUGUAUGUUAUUGUUUGUUGCCUUGAAAACAUGUCAGCAUAUUUUCUGCGUUUCAUUUUCAAAUAUAUAAAUGGAGCAGCGUUCAGGCAAAUUGGUUAACGUAGCCAAAUACAUGAACUAAUUCAACACCAAAACAUUUGUUUUCUCUCUGACAUUUUACUGUCAUUUAGUUUGUUUUUUUUCUUAAAUUACUCAACGCAUUGCCUAGCUUUAGGAUCAUGACACCUUUUACUUUUAUGGGAGACGCUGUCAACUGAUUGAAAACAGAAAACUCAGGUUUCUGCAGGUCAGGUGCGACGUGAGGGCUACUGUUUCUGGAUGUGAGCAGCAGAUGGCGCUGUUGCGCCACAAACCUGACUCUGGAAACCUGCGGAACACAGGACGAAGUAUGCCAGUAAAAGCGGUUACACUCCUUAGUCAAAUUUGGUUUUAGAUUUAGUUUUCAAGCAGUUAAAAGUCGGAUAGUUUUAUUUGUUCAUAAUUUCAAUUUAAAAAAAGAAAAGACCUUAAAGAGAUGUGACGUCACCUCCACGUGCCUGACACCUGCCUUCUUCUAAGGGGGAUCACCAACACUAAGAUGUGAAUGUCAUGUGUGUUUACUGCUGUCAACAUAGUAAAGCAUUCAUCUCUAACUCUGUGAAUGAGACCUUCAUUCACGCCUCAAAGAGAGCCCCCUCCCACCCAAAUACACUGUUGAAUUAUAACCUUUGACUCUACUCGCCUCUUAUGUUUGUUUUUUUUACAUGUGUCUAAUCCUUUAACGGCCCAACUGUCACAGCACAGAGACUCUGGAUCUGUCAUUCAGUUGUGUUAAAUUUAAGUCUUUUUGAGCCUUUUCAGUGUUCUCAGUGAUGUGUGUGUGUGUGUGUGUGUGUGUGUGUGUGUGUGUGUGUGUGUGUGUGUGUGUGUGUGUGUGUGUAAGUGGAAAAAAGAGACUUGUUGUUUUAUCUGACACUCCAUUUCUUGUUGUUUCUUCAUGCAGUCUACGUCGGUUGUGUUAAAUUAAUGUAAGUUGUUCACCCAUGUAUUUUUAUUCAAUUAAAUUGUAAUACCCUUACAUAUUUAAA